AAGCAGAAUACUGACAUUGAGAGUUUAUAGUUUGACAAAACAGCCCUGCGCAAGUUAGUUACAGAGGUUCUUUAAACACGUACACUGUGAAACUGGUUGGGCCGACCUGCUCCACUGAUCUACAGCGGUACUCGUGCGUGAUCGACCAUUGCUGGUUUAACAGGCAGACGGACAUGAUGUAUCACCCAUCUCUCGCGCACAAUGAUAUCAAGGAAAAAGAUGACGAUGUUGAGAUGACUGUGGCGGAAGGACUACUAGAUGUGGAGAAGGACGAGGUACACCGGGACACAUGGUCGAACAAAUCAGACUUUAUUCUCUCUUGUGUAGGAUGCGCAGUAGGACUUGGAAAUAUAUGGCGAUUUCCCUACCUCUGCUACAAAAACGGGGGAGGUGCCUUCCUCAUACCGUAUAUGACGUUCUUGGUGCUGGGAGGUGUGCCCCUGUUCAUGCUGGAGAUAGGGCUGGGCCAGUAUAUGAGUCAAUCCGGUGUGAAAGCAUGGAAUAUUUGUCCGCUAUUCCAAGGUAAUAUUAAAACAACUGCUGCCACGGGAAGGUAAUGCAAUACGCCAUGUCUUAAAUAUUAUGAAAAUAAACACGGACAAUAGACUGUGUAUGUGUAACGUGACGUAGAGAUAAUAAGUGUCGUAUAGGUAAAGAUGUAACGUGUCGUAGAGAUAAUAAGUGUCGUAUAGGUAAAGACGUAACGUGUCGUAGAAAUACUUUGUGUCGUAUAGGUAAAGAUGUAACGUGUCGUAGAUAUACUAUGUGUCAUAUAGGUAAAGAUGUAACGUGUCGUGGAGAUAAUAUGUGU